ACAGCUCACAGUCUCACGCACCACUUCUCAUCUACUUGCGCCCUCUCCCAAUCCCAAUCAUCCCUUGCAAAACCACGACAUACAGCAAGCCACAGGAGUGAGCAACGACGGCGGCUAUGGCUUCCAAGUCCCAGCUCCUGUCCUUCAUUGCGAUUGCGGCUCUAGCCUCGAUCAUCAUCCACCCUUGUGCAUCCGUCGAGUUUCACCGCAAGCUCUCCAGCUGGUCCAGCGGCGGCGCGACGUGGUACGGCGCCGCUACUGGGGCUGGAAGUGAUGGUGGUGCAUGCGGGUACCGAGGUGCCGUCGACCAGGCGCCCUUCUCGUCCAUGAUCGCCGCGGGAAGCCCUUCCAUCUACAACUCCGGCAAGGGCUGCGGCUCUUGCUUCCAGGUCAAAUGCACCGGCAAUGGCGCGUGCUCCGGCAACCCAGUGACCGUCGUCAUCACCGAUGAAUGCCCUGGCGGUGCGUGCCUCAACGAGCCGGGCCACUUCGACAUGAGCGGAACGGCAUUCGGCGCCAUGGCGAACCCCGGCCAGGCCGACAAGCUGCGCAACGCCGGCGUCCUCCAAAUCCAGUACACCCGUGUGCCAUGCAACUGGCCUGGCGUGAAGCUAACCUUCGUGGUCGACGCCGGCUCGAACCCGGAGUACUUCGCCGUGCUCAUUAAGUACGUGAACGGCGACGGCGACCUCUCCGCCGUCGACCUCAUGCAGACCGGGGCUGGGGCGUUGUGGGCGUCCAUGCAGCCGUCGUGGGGCGCCGUCUGGAAGUUCAACGCCGGGUCGGCCUUGCAGGCGCCCUUGUCCAUCCGCCUGACGUCGAGCUCCGGCAAGCAGCUCGUCGCCAGCAACGUCAUCCCCGCCGGGUGGACGCCCGGCGCCACCUACCAGUCCUCUGUCAACUACUAAAUCCAGAAUUAUAUACUGCAAGUACGCAUGCAUGCAUAUCUGAUCAGUGCGCGCAGCAUGCAUACACAUAUAUAAGUUGAUAAGUCGUCUCGUGUGUGAUAGCUUGUACUGUGUGUGUGUGUGGACUCUCGCUAGCUAGUCACAACUCACAACACAGUGGUUGCAGCUUAAGCUUGGCGAAGGUGCAACAAGCAGCAAUAUAAUAAUGGCAGAGGCAGAGCAGGAGGAGGCGCAGCAUACGAGUAUAGUUCUCCCCUCUUUCGCCGCUAGUCUAUGCCUACAGAUGUGUGUCGUUAAUAAUGUUGUGUAUCAGUGAUCGCAGAGCUUAUUAGCGACGUCACUGUAUAAUGGAGUCAUUGUUGUUGAAUGGUGAUUGCUUAAUGCAGACUGUGUGAUAC